AUGGUCGACGUAAGAGGACAGGAAGAACGCGGGGUUGACGUUGGUGGUGUCUAUCGCGAUGCUAAUGCCUGCUUCUGGCAGGAAUUUUAUGAUUCAUCGACCCUUGGUGAAAGAGAAAGGGUUCCAGACCUGAGACAUGACUUCCAACCCAGUGAGUGGUCAGCUACAGGAAGAAUUCUCACAAAGGGUUACUUGGAUCUGGGCUAUUUCUCUUGUACGCCCAACCAAGCGUUCAUUGUAAGUGUGAUAUUCGGUGAGAACGCAGUUGCUAAGGAGAUUCUUCUUAAAUCGUUCCGUAAUUAUAUCGCCAAGGAUGAAGAGGACGUUGUUGCUGAGGCGCUCAAGGGAAAUUUUGACUCCGACGAGCCGAUCGAUGUUAUUUGUAGGUUUGGUUGUAGGAAAGUCCCGACAAUAGAAAAUGCCAGAGAUCUUAUUCUCGAAAUGGCUCAUAAAGAAAUGAUUCAGAAGCCCCAGUACGUGGCUGAUGCGUGGCGAGAAGCCCUAGUGAUACUGAAUAGCAAAGAAGAACUGACCAAAAUCCAAAGUCUGUGUCAUUUGUACCAGACAGUUGUGCCCAACCAUGAUACAGGCAAAUCCUCAAAACAACCCGUUGAGGGCGGUAACUGA